AUGGACAGGGAAAAAGCAAACAAGGCCUUUCAUGGAAACCUUACCCCAAAGCCACCAACCCAUCUGAGAGAUCCAUCUUCUGUCACACCAGAAAAGCCAAUCACUUGCCAACCACAUCAUAAUCAUCAUCAUGGUCACACUCACACCACUACAGGAAUAUCUGGACGAUGUAGAAGCACCACCAUUGAUGAUUCCAACUCCGAGCUCAGCAUCUUUGAUGCCCACAAGUACUUCAAUGAAUUGGCUAACAAUGACACCCAAAAAGUCACCAUCUGCAGCAGCAACAGCAACAGCAACAGCAGGGUUUCUCCCAUGGAGAAUGAACGCGUGAUAAUUCCAGAGACUGCAAGAUACUCCUCAGCUUCAUCCUCAGUCGACGGCUACGGAGGCAUCCGGAACUACAGAGCUCGUUCCUUCCACGCUGCUACACCAACAGCUUCAUCAGAAGCCAGUUGGAAUAGCCAGCAAGGUUUGCUAUCUCACCCUCAAGGAGCAAUCUCAGUCUCUGUGAGAAACCCUACAAAUUCAAUUUCAAAUUCAAACAACAACAACAAUCACAGAAGAACUUCACUGUCCAAAUCCAAUUGGCUUCUAAGGAGAAAAUGCCCAUGCUCUGGUAAAAAAUCAGUUCAAGUUGAAGAAAAAAAGAAAACCCUAGAACCCAAAAUCAAUACCAUACCUUCACCAUCACCAUCACCAUCACCACCACCACCAGCAACAGCACCAGCAACAAAUCAACAUCAUGUUCAUGAUCAAUUCACAGUCACCCCCAACGAUUGGGUUACGACGGAUCACGCACCGAAUAUUGUUGCCGCCAAGUCUCAAAGGUUCCAAGUCCAACCUCACCCGAUUGUAACCACCGUUCGGGUACCCUUCACCGACGGCUUCACGUUCCCGGUGCUAAACCCAAACGCCGGCUCCACGGCGAAACUCCGAAUCCAGAACGGAACCGCCGUCGUCGGGGAAGAUCCGCCGCGAGAAUCGCUUGAAGUUUUCCAGCCACCGGACGACGCUGCUGCUGCUGCCGAUUCGAAGCCGCUCAGCUUCCCCUUCCCGCCGGCGAAGCCCCGCGACGACGGCGACGACGGAGCAAGCGACGCCAGCUCAGAUCUCUUCGAGAUCGAGAGCUUCUCCACCGCGACUCAGUCGACGUGCCUGGCGGCGUACCGCCGCCGAAGCAGGGACUCGUUCGACGAGGAGACCGCCACGCCGGAGUGCUACGAGCCGAGCGAGGCGAGCAUCGAGUGGAGUGUGACGACCGCGGAAGGGUACGGGUAUGAGGAGAGCAUCGCGGGUUCCUCCGCAGCCACCGCCUUCGGCGGCGGCGCGGCGGAGCAGUGGAAGAGGAAAGGCGGGAACGGGUUGUUAGUGAGCUGUCGGUGCGAGAAAGCGGUUAGUGUGGGCCCACAACCGGUGAAGUGUGGAGAGGGACAGAGAGGGUCCACGUCAGCAUGGAAACAGGUGGGUGGUGUGAAUAGUAGUAAUAAGCCACCACUUGCUGUGAAGUCUCAUUCUCAUUCUCACCACCGUAACAACACACCACGCGUGACGACGUCGUUUGCUUUCACGACAUAGCCAUUUGCUUUGUUUGUUGAUGUUGUUUGCAGGCAGAACUUGUGGACGAAAACGAUGCCGUUUUCUGCUCUAUCCGUUUUGUUAUAAUUUGUUUGCUUUCUUAAUUUCUUCUGUUUUUUUGGGUUUCAUCAAUUAUUCACCCAGUUAUUGUGUCAUUUAAGACAAGAUGAAUUAAUGGUACUGAGAGAUUGUUCC